AUGGUAAUUAUUUGGAACCUUUAUCUUAGAGCCAAGGAGGCUGGCUUUGAAUAUAUUCAGCCAAAAUCCAUCCUUCCUGUGUUUAAACUUGAGGAAUUUUCACUCAUUCAUGACUUGCCAUCCAGUGUCUUCUACCAGGAAAUACAGACUGCCAAGGCAUUUCUUCCCAAGAUGCUGGAAAUGAACCAUGGGCAUAUCGUGACUGUGGCAAGUUCCCUAGGGUUGUUCAGCACCGCUGGUGUAGAGGAUUACUGUGCAAGCAAAUUUGGAGCAAUAGGAUUUCAUGAAUCCUUGAGCCAUGAACUGAAGGCAUCUGAUAAAGAUGGAAUCAAGAUGACACUUGUGUGCCCAUACUUAGUGGAUACAGGCAUGUUUCGUGGCUGCAGAAUAAGGAAAGAAUUUGAGCCCUUCCUUCCGCCUUUGAAACCAGAGUACUGUGUGAAAGAAGCUAUGAGAGCCAUCCUCACAGACCAGCCUAUGAUUUGUACACCUCGACUUAUGUAUACUGUAACAUUUAUGAAAAGCAUUAUGCCAUGGGAAGCUGUCGUCUGCAUGUACCGUUUUUUGGGAGCAGAUAAGUGCAUGUAUCCAUUUAUUGCUGAGAGAAAACAGGCUUUAAAUAACAAUGAAGCCAAAAAUGAAAUCUAAAGCAAAACUGCUUGUUACAUCCAGCACUGGGACUUCUUGUAGAAAUGCAUGCAUUAUUUGAUUCAUCAACAUCUCCAUGCAAAUCAGAAAGUGCUGCAGUGACUACAUUUGAGUGAACUCUCUUGGCAAAUAGCUGUGAAGCUUCAGCUUUCCAUGAUCACUGUGGAUAAAGCAGUUGAUACUGUACCUGUGUAUUGAACAAGUAACAAGAUAAAUGUAUUAUGCCAAUCAUUUUGUAUAAUUUUUCUAGUGGUUAGACUUGCACACGUUUUAAUGCCAACUGAGCAAAGUAAGAUAUGAUGUUUUUAACAUUUGACUUUUACUCAGCAAUGCGAUUUGUGUUUGCUGUUAGAACUGUAUUUAUGUGAUGUUCAAAUAGAGAUGUAGAUAAGUGCAGUACUUUAGAAAAUUCCUACUACUAAAUUUUUUGAAUAGUAAAUGCACUGUAAUGAUUGACUUCUCCCACAGUCGGCCACAAGUACUUCUGUAAAUCUUAGAAUUACAGGUACAAUGGAAUAUUCAUUUACUUACCUUGAAACCGGGCAAAUUUAUGCAAAUGGAUCUUGCAGUUUAAAAUUGCAAAACGUGUUCCCAUAUAGCACUAGAAAACAUCUUUUUAAGAAAGAAAUCUCUCAUUGGUGUGCCUUUUGAAUAGAGUUUAAACAUUGUCCUAUUUUCUGUGGAUUAGUGGUCCAUUUUUUAAAAGCCUGAAAUUUCUACCUCCUUUGUAUAUCUAUUUGUAUAACACCUAAAUUUGUUUAUCAGAGGUUAUAAAAGUAAUGUCUUUUGUGUGUCUUUGUGAUCACUUUAUAUAUAGACCAAUAUUUAGUCUUCAAGUUUUUUAAAAUAAUAUAGCUAAUUGUAAAGAAUUUUUAAUUAAAAUGCCAUUUAAGAUGCAAAAGAUGUGCAG